AUGAGUUCUAAAGUUUGGACGCCGAAUUUGCGAAAGCUUUUUAAUUUUUGCACGAAUUUGAGUUCAGGUAUUCUUGAGAAGUUCUCAAUGUGGGUAUACGCGACAAUGGAUUGUUUAAAGGGGAUUUACAAUGGUAUAGGAAUUCGAUUUUUUAUGAUGGCUCUCAUAAGGAUUUGGACCCUAAUAAUGUACGUUUUGCGACGAAACUUAAAGAAGGUUAUUCAACACAAGACUGUUAAAUAUCAAUUGCUUCCUCUGUCACCCAUAUCAAUUGAAAGAUUAAGACUAGUGAAAAGAAAGACGUUAGUGCUUGACCUUGAUGAAACUCUCAUUCAUUCACAUCAUGAUGGUGUUGUACGACAGACUGUGAGACCAGGGACACCUCCAGAUUUUGUACUGCGGGUUACAAUUGACCAUCACCCUAUCAGAUUUUUUGUUCACAAGAGACCUCAUGUGGACUUCUUCCUUGAAUGUGUGAGUCAAUGGUAUGAUCUUGUGAUCUUUACUGCUAGUAUGGAGAUCUAUGGAGCUGCAGUUGCAGAUAACCUGGAUAAAAACAGAGGGGUGCUAAAUAGAAGAUAUUUCCGACAGCAUUGUACUUUAGAUUGUGGUAGUUAUACUAAAGAUUUAUCAAUGGUCAAUGAGGACCUCUCUUCAGUUUUUAUUUUGGACAACUCACCUGGUGCUUAUCGAUACAAUCCAGACAAUGCCAUCCCAAUCAAAUCAUGGUUUGCAGAUCCUUCAGAUACAGCAUUAUUAAACCUAUUGCCUAUGUUGGAUGCACUAAGAUUUGUGACUGAUGUAAGGUCCAUACUCAGUCGGAAUCUACAUCUUCACUCGUUGUGGUAAACCCACAUUGGCGUGUUGCUGUGUUGUUGCAGGGCGGCACAUUUACUGUAGCUAACCAUGCAUGUGGUUGCUGACCAAGAAAUUGCCUGUAGAAGGAAAAGUUUUGAGAAAUAGUUUAUAACUUCAAAGGUUGUGUAAUGCACAGAGUCACAGAGAUGUUUUUGUUUCAUAAACCCAGACAUAGUGCAGACCUGCUAUCUUGUAUUUCAACAAGAAGCAAACUCUGACUUUCAAAUGAAUCCUUUUUCUUCUCUGUUAAUCAGUCAUAACAGACAUCUAAAGUCAAGAGCAAAAUAUUAGAUUUAAAUUCUUUGUAAGCAAUUCUAUGAAAAUGAUCCUUUGAAUCCUUCAAAAAUAUCUCAUUUAUUUCCCAAGAUAUUCACAGCAUUGGAUGGUGUUUCAACACCCAUUCUGCAU